CGCGCUAAACGUUGUCAUGUGAUUUAGCCACCAAGAAGCUUGCUUCGACAACAAAAACUGUGUUAUGCUACAUAUUAAAUGCUUUCUCUAGGAAGAUUUUCUUCCUUCAUCUUUGCUAACAUCUAUUUGACGUUUUAAGAUAGUAUAACGAUUGGACACGAUUUUUUAACAAUGUCGGAAGUAGAGGGACAGGAGAGGAAGCAGAGUGGGGAAUUCACAGAUGAAUCUGAGGAGGAGGACAGUGAGGAGGAGCCCAAACUGAAGUAUGAGAGGCUCUCCAACGGGGUGACUGAAAUCCUCCACAGCGACGCAGCCAGCUGUAUGACGGUCCACGACAAGUUUCUUGCUCUGGGAACCCAUUUUGGAAAGGUGUUCCUGCUGGACAUUCAAGGAAAUAUCACUCAGAAAUUUGACCUUAGUUCAGUGAAGAUCAACCAGAUCAGCCUGGAUGAAAGUGGGGAACAUGUGGGCAUCUGCUCCGAGGACGGGAAGGUUCAAGUGUUUGGCCUCUACACAAGAGAGGGCUUCCAUGAGAGCUUCGAUUGUCCUAUCAAAGUUGUUGCAUUACACCCUCAGUUCAGCAGAUCAAACUACAAACAGUUUGUCACCGGGGGCAACAAGCUGCUCCUGUAUGAGAGAAACUGGCUGAAUCGAUGGAAGACUUCAGUCCUUCAUGAGGGUGAGGGCACGAUCACUAAUGUGAAGUGGAGAGCCAACCUUAUAGCUUGGGCCAACAACCUGGGAGUAAAAAUCUAUGACUUCAGCACAAAGCAGCGGAUCACCAACGUGCUGAGGGAUAACGUGAGUCUGCGGCCUGACAUGUACCCCUGCAGCCUGUGUUGGAAAGACGACGCCACACUCAUUGUGGGCUGGGGUAAUUCCAUCAAGAUUUGUGUAGUUAAAGUGCGAAAUCCCACUGAAAUGAGAGAUUUGCCCAAUCGCUACGUGGAAAUAGUGUCUGCAUUCGAGACAGAGUUCUUCAUCUGUGGUCUGGCUCCGCUGGCGGAUCAGCUUGUCUCGCUGUUUUUUGUGCAGGAGUACUUGGACCAGAUGGAUGAAGAGGUUCGCGCGCGGCCUCGUCUCGACAUCAUCCAGCCUCUCCCCGAGAGCUGUGAGGAGAUCUCCUCAGAUGCUCUGAGUGUUCGCUGCUACCAAGACAAUGAGUGCAGGGACUACCGCCUCGAGCAUUCAGAGGGAGAGCCGCUCUUCUACAUCAUCAGUCCCAAAGACAUUGUUGUGGCUAAAGAGCGAGACCAGGACGACCACAUCGAUUGGCUCCUCGAGAAGAAGAAAUAUGAGGAGGCGCUGAUGGCUGCAGAGAUCAGCUUCAAAAACAUCAAGAGGCACGACGUUCAGAAAAUAGGGAUGGCUUACAUCAAUCACCUGGUGGAGAACAGAGACUAUGACACCGCUGCCAGAAAAUGUCAAAAGGUUCUUGGAAAGAACAUGGAGCUGUGGGAGAACGAGGUGUACCGGUUUAAGACCAUUGGGCAGCUGAAGGCCAUCAGUCAGUAUUUGCCGAGAGGAGAUCUGCGUCUCAGACCGGCCAUUUAUGAAAUGAUCCUGCACGAAUUCCUAAAAACGGACUAUGAGGGUUUUGCUACACUGAUCCGUGAAUGGCCAGGAGAACUUUACAACAACAUGGCCAUCGUUCAAGCCGUCAACGACCACCUAAAGAGGGAUCCCACCAACAGCACACUGCUCACCACGCUGGCUGAACUGUACACUUAUGACCAGCGCUAUGACCGAGCCCUGGAAAUCUACCUGAGGCUUAGGCACAAAGACGUCUACCAGCUGAUCCACAAACACAACCUGUUCUCCUCCAUCGAGGACAAGAUCGUCCUCCUGAUGGAGUUUGACAAGGAGAAAGCUGUUGAUAUGCUUCUCGACAAUGAAGACAAGAUAUCAAUAGACAGAGUGGUUCAGGAACUGGAUGGAAGGCCUGAGCUACUGCAUGUGUACCUCCAUAAACUGUUCAAGCGGGACCACCACAGAGGCCAGAAGUACCAUGAAAGGCAGAUUGGUUUAUACGCGGAGUAUGACCGACCAAACCUUCUUCCUUUUUUGAGGGAUAGCACCCACUGUCCUCUUGAAAAGGCUCUUGAGAUUUGUCAGCAGAGGAACUUCGUGGAGGAGACAGUCUUCCUUCUCAGCAGGAUGGGAAACUGUAGACGAGCCCUCCAGAUGAUCAUGGAGGAGUUAGAGGAUGUGGACAAAGCUAUAGAGUUUGCUAAAGAGCAGGACGACGCAGAGCUGUGGGAAGAUCUCAUCUCUUACUCUAUAGACAAGCCACCAUUCAUUACCGGGCUCCUUAAUAACAUUGGUACUCACGUGGAUCCCAUUCUGCUCAUCAAACGCAUAAAGGAGGGGAUGGAGAUCCCAAACCUCAGAGACUCACUGGUGAAAAUUCUCCACGACUACAACCUGCAGAUUCUCCUCCGAGAAGGAUGCAAAAAGAUCCUUGUAGCCGACUCGCUCUCUUUGCUCCAGAAGAUGCAUCGAACCCAAACAAGAGCAGUCAGAGUGGAUGAGGGGAACAUCUGUGAGUCGUGUCACAGCUCAAUAUUACCCUCAGAUAUGGCGCAGUCGUUUAGUGUUGUGGUGUUUCACUGCAGACAUAUGUUCCACAAGGAGUGUUUACCGUCUUCUGGCCCUAUUCCUGGGACGCAGUUCUGUAACAUCUGCAGUGCAAAAAAGCGAAGACCUGGAAGUGGAAUACUGGAGAUGAAAAAGUAACAGUUUAAGGCGCUGGCGACUAUUGAUGCUUCUUUCCUCUCUGAUGCAUAGAUCAAUAAAAACCCUUUUCCUUAGUCACUCAUCUGCAAACUUACAGAUAUGCUGAACAUUUCCUCUGGACCUUUUCUGAGUAUUUAAGUUUGACAACUGUAAAACGCUGCACUUUGUUCUGCUUUCCAUUAAUGUUAUGUGCUGAGAAAGAAUAAAAUCAUUCAA